AUGACUGAGUUUUGUAAUACUGCAAGUAGUGUCUCGGUAUCAGCUACAGCGAGAGCGAGUUCAAAUUCACUAACUAUGUCAAUAAUGUCAGCACCAGUUCCAGGUAGUGCUAAUAGUGUCCCUGCAGACUCAGCUACAGCGAGUUCAAACUCAUUUAUGUCAGCACCAGUUCCAGAUAGUUCAGCGAGUUCAAACUCAUUUAUGUCAGCACCAGUUCCAGGUAAUUCUAAUAGUGUCUCAGCAGACUCAGCUAUAGCGAGUUCAAACUCAUUUAUGUCAGCACCAGUUCCAGGUAGUUCAGCGAGUUCAAACUCACUAACUAUGUCAGCACCAGUUCCAGGUAAUUCUAAUAGUGUCUCAGCAGACUCAGCUAUAGCGAGUUCAAACUCAUUUAUGUCAGCACCAGUUCCAGGUAGUUCAGCGAGUUCAAACUCACUAACUAUGUCAGCACCAGUUCCAGGUAAUUCUAAUAGUGUCUCAACAGACUCAGCUACAGCAAGUUCAAGCGUCUCAGUUAUCUCAGCAGUGUUACCCCUGGCUCUGACGACCACACUGUCAACACCGAUGUGGCUAAGUGGAUUAUAA